AUGGCAGCCAAGGUGGAGAACAUUUUGGAGGCAUUGCUCAUGGAUGUGCAAGAGACCGAUGUUCUAACCAAAACUCAGCAGAAUUUACAGGAUAUUUGCAGAGCCAAAAAUCUCCCCAAGUCAGUUAUGGAAUCGGUGAUUUCUAAUACGGCAAAGAAGUUCUGUAGGCUAUGGAUAAUGUGGAACUCUAGCUGUAAUAAGGUCUUACUGUGGAGUCAGCAGUGGAUUGAUGAACCAGGUGAAGACAUUGAGCUGAGAGAAAAAUGGGACAAUGUCAUUGUGAAGAAUAGGACAUUGUGGGAAAAACUACGUGGAGAGGCAGUGAUAGAAGAAGAUGAAAACGACGAAGAAGAAGAAGAUCAGGAUGAAGAGCAAUCAGUUUUUUUGCAUGAAAUUGAUGAUUAUUUAGAUUUAUAG